GAGAGAGAAAGUGACUCUACAUUAAGAAAUUCUUUUUCUUUUCUUAUUUAUUCAAACCCAAAAGAAAAAAAAAAAGAAAGAAAGAAAAGGAAGCCCUGAAAUCAGGUAUUUAUAGGCACCAUGAGAGUACUUGUAUCUCUGCAAUGAUGAACUACUCGCUGCCUAACAAAGCACAGCUAUCCAAGUUGAAGAAUAUAAAGAAAGAAGCUUAACUAUCUAAACGUUAUUAGGUUUCUUUUUCCUCUCUCGAUCAUUUCUCCAGUUCUCACUCGUUAUAUAUAUUAUAUUAUAUAUCAUAUAAACUCUCUCAUAUGAGCUAAAUAUCAGUACAAAAUCUUCCAUUUUUUUGGAUUUCCUCUUAUUUUCUUCGUCUGCCUGAUUUCACUAAUUUCAAGGUCCCUCAGCUUUAGUUAGAGCCACAGCCCUUUUGGCUUCUCUUUUCCUUUGCUUAUUUCACACGUUAUUAAUCACUCCUCCAUCCCUCCCUCUCUGUCUAUAAAUAUAUAUAUCCCUCCUCUCCCGCCUACGAACAAAGAAAGCUGCAAUCUUUCUUGGGUUAUUAUUAUUAUUAUAUUGGAUUGAUCGAUUGAUUUGGUUUUGCUCUGGGUCUCUUUAAAUUAAUUAGCAAAGAAGAGAUAUAAAAGUAGUAGUAACAAUCAUGGGAGAAGAGAGAAUGAUAGUGGUAAGAGAGUUUGAUCCAAGCAGAGAUAGAGUGGGAGUUGAAGAAGUAGAAAGAAGGUGUGAAGUUGGUCCCAGCGGCAAGCUCUCUCUCUUCACCGACCUGUUAGGUGACCCAAUUUGCAGGGUCCGCCACUCCCCUGCUUUCCUCAUGCUGGUGGCUGAGUUGGGCGAAGAGAUAGUGGGGAUGAUAAGAGGUUGCAUCAAAACCGUUACAUGUGGCAGAAAGCUCUCUAGACAUGUCAAAAACAAUGAUCCUCCUAAACCUCUUCCCGUUUACACCAAAGUUGCUUACAUUUUAGGCCUUCGAGUCUCUCCUUCUCAUCGGAGGAUGGGAAUAGGCUUAAAACUAGUGCGUACAAUAGAAGAGUGGUUUCGCGAAAACGGCGCUGAAUAUUCAUACUUAGCAACUGAAAACGACAACCACGCUUCCGUUAAGCUAUUUACCGACAAAUGCGGAUAUACCAAGUUCCGUACGCCAUCUAUCCUAGUCAACCCAGUCUUCGCUCACCGACUUGCCGUUUCUAACCGGGUCACCAUCUUCAAACUCCCUCCAAACGACGCCGAGUUGCUCUACCGACGUCGUUUCGCCACGACCGAGUUUUUCCCUCGUGACAUUGACUCUGUUCUCAAUAACAAGCUCAGUCUAGGCACUUUUUUGGCUGUGCCACGUGGCAGUUAUACACACAAUUCCUGGCCCGGCUUUGACAAGUUUUUAUCCGACCCGCCUGAAUCUUGGGCUGUGCUUAGCGUUUGGAACUGUAAGGAUGUUUUUAGACUUGAAGUCCGCGGCGCGUCCCGCGUGAAGAGAACUUUUGCUAAAACGACAAGAAUAGUUGACAAAGCUCUGCCGUUUUUGAAGUUACCGUCAGUGCCAGAGUUGUUUAGGCCAUUUGGUUUACAUUUUCUGUACGGUGUUGGAGGUGAAGGCCCACACGCGGUUAAAAUGGUAAAAGCGCUUUGUGCUCACGCGCAUAACCUGGCUAAGGAGCGUGGCUGUGGUGUUGUGGCUACAGAGGUGUCGAGUUGCGAACCGCUUAAGUUAGGAAUUCCAUACUGGAAAAUGCUAUCUUGCGCUGAGGAUUUGUGGUGUAUUAAAAGGCUUGGGGAAGACUACAGUGACGGAUCAGUCGGUGACUGGACUAAAUCACCUCCUGGCGUGUCUAUUUUUGUUGACCCUAGAGAGUUCUAAACGACUUGUAGUAGCCAUGUCAAGGCAAAAAAAAGGAAACCCAAAAAAUCUACAGCUAAAUUACUAGAGUAACAACACAAGGCAAAGAAAAAAAGAAAAGGGGUUUUUGUUAAUUUUUUUUUUCCUUGGGUUUUUUUAUUGUUUUUAGAAGGGCUUUUAAAUGUGGAGAGGAUUUUGGGAUAUAAAAAAGAGAGAAUGAGAAGAUAUGGGUUUUGUUGUAGAAGGGAAUAUCCUCACUUUUGUUUACAUCUCAACUUUUUUAGUCAUUUGUAAAAAUGGAUAUGGCUUUAAUAUAUCCCUUUUCAGCCAA